AUGGCUCCUAAGACUCGCUUCGCCGGAAAAACAAACAAGGAAGGUGCGCCGGAGAAGAAGAAGAAGAACAAGAACCGUGAGCAGAUUGGAUCUAACAACAGUGAUUCAAACCCACCUGAGGCCGCCAUUGGAUCUGCUACCAUUGACAAUGACGCGCCAAGAACGGCUGGGGAGGAGAAUAUGGCCGUAGAACCAAUGAGACCUGUUGGUUUUUUCUUCAAGCCGAGUGAUUAUUGGACGGCUUGCAAGCUCUCCUCAAGGUGCCACCAACACGAUUUUCUGGAGACGAUUAAAGACUUUAAGGAGUCAGAGAAGAGUUGGUUUGAGAAUCACCCUCAGUUCAAGCAUUUAUUCCACAUGGAUUGUUGCGAGAAAAGAAAGGUUCAGGGAUUGUGGAUGUUGCUACUUCGUUGUAUGCAUACAGGAAAGGAGCGGCAAGCUUGGUUUGGGGUAAACGGUGUUCCAAUUAGAUACUCUAUCAGGGAACAUGCCCUCCUCUCUGGUUUAUACUGCGGAUCAUACCCUGAAAACUAUCCGAGAAAAGGGAAGAUGAAGUUUGCAACAAAGCAUUUUAAGCACUUGCAGAAGAAGACUAAGGAGAAGAAUAGGAAGAAACAGGGUCUGAGAGUGACAGAAGCGGAUGUCUUAGAGAAGCUUGAGAAGAUGGAAGCUGAUGAUGGUAGUGAUGAGCGUCUGAAGAUGGCGGUUCUUUAUUUUUUGACCAGAGUAAUAAGAAGAAGGACAAGAAAUGCAUACUUCAUUGAGCCUUUCAUUCUCCAGGCAGUAGAUGAUCUGGAUUUUUGCAACAAGUUUCCAUGGGGCCGUUACACAUUUGAUGAUUGCAUGAAGGAGAUUUUCCACUUGAGGGAUCAUUUCGCUAAAGGGCUCCCAGAGAAUAAUAUGCAGUGGACAUUUCCUGGGUUUGUCAUCCCUUUGGAGAUAUUGGCUUUUGAAUGUAUCCCUGUCCUUAGGGAAAGUUUCAGAGAUCCUGAUCCAAACUGUCUCCCAGAUUGCCCAAGAAUGUGCAAAUGGAAGUACAAGAGGACUGGGACAACAGGAUUUGCAUUAGAAGAGAUUUAUAAGGCGCUUGGAAACACAAAGGUGAUUUCAAGUACGCUGAAACCACAGGGAGAUGAACUAGACCUCUUGUAUGAAAUCAUGGAUGAAGGGAGUGUGGAAGACGUGGAGCUGCAAGAUGAUUCAGAUAAGGCAGACAUAGCCGUUGACGGUUGGAACCGGAUCCUUAUAGAACCGGAAGGAAAAAUAUUUUGGGAGGAUCUAUUCGAGAUGGAUGUGAGAACCCGGCCUACCACACAGCAACAAUCUGAGCCUCAUGGUAUAUUCGAAGGACAGGAGGAAGAAAGGGUAUGUGAGGAACCCGAGGCAGGGGGCGAGGCAGGCCGUGAGAGUGUAAAAGAGUUGGAAUUGAGAUUGAACAAGAGAAUGGAUGACGGAUUUGCAUUGAGGGACGAAACAAUUCGUCUCUUGGCAGCACGAGUAAAGGAGUUGGAACAAGACAGGAUUCAAAGAGAAAAUUGGUCAUUCCAAUUUGGUGAAUAUGAAACAUGUGAGGCUUCAGGAGGCAAAGGAAGAGAUAAUAUGGGCAAUGGCAAUGAGGAUGGUGAGGCAGUGGCUGAGAAGGAUGGUGAGAAACAGGUCGAAGAAGAGGCUGAGAAGGAUGGCGCGAAAGAGUUGAUCUCGUCGCCUUAUGCAAGACACCAUCACCAACAAGACGUCACGGCUGCGAGUAACGGGCUGUCUCUGACAAAAGGAUCACCACCAACCAGCUCCGUCUCUCGCCGCCAACUUGAAGCUCCGUUACCCGACACUGUGAGCACCUCAUCGACAAAGACAAGCGCAAGCACAACGACGACUGCAGGGUUAUGCACCAACUACGAUCUCCUUCGCCUCAUCUCGUCUCAUCGCAUAAGCUCGCCAACGUCAUCACCAAGAAGCCCGAGUCAGACAUCACAGACGCAACUCAGUUCUGAUCUUGGAAGAACUCUCCUAAGAGACACGAUCACAACAACGGGUUCUGAUUCUCACAUUCUGAUUCUCACGAAGAGCUUACCACCAGCGGUACAAGCUCUAGACAGACCCGCUGCGAACGCGAUUCUCGUCGGCUCGGCUUGGACUUGUUACGUACGACUACUUCAACCUGAGAUCAAGUUCAGAGUCUGA